AUAUGAACUUUUAUCGUUUAAUCACUUUCAAAGUUAAAUUGUAAAUUAUUCGUUGGUGUGUAGUACAGAAAUCCAUAAUGUUUGCAAUUAAAUUUGCAAUGAAGUUUUCCCAGCCGAUAUUAUGCAAGCAAUGCUCGCUGGCUAACUGGGAGAAUGUCAUGUUUAGACGAGGACUUAAGGUAUCCGUUGUGGGAGCAGCUGGUGGUAUUGGACAACCAUUGUCACUGCUGCUCAAACAAAAUCCGCUGAUCAAGACGCUGUCUCUAUAUGAUAUAACGAGCACAAGAGGCGUGGCUGCAGAUUUAUCACAUAUAUGUUCGGAUUGCCAUGUGUGCUCCUUUGAAGGUGCUGGCCAGAUGAAGGCGUCGUUGGUGGGUGCUGAUGUGGUUGUGGUGGCGGCGGGACUUCCGCGUAAGCCGGGAAUGACGCGAGAUCAAUUGCUGGACGCCAAUGCCAGCGUAGCGGCAUCUGUGGCUAAAGCAAUUAGUGACGCUUGUCCAGGGGCAUUGCUUGCCUUUAUCACUAAUCCUGUGAACACUAUUGUGCCCAUUGUGGCAGAGAUAUUGAAGUCGGAGGAUGCAUACGAUCCAAAGCGUUUAUUUGGUGUUACCACAUUGGACGUUGUGCGUGCCAAAACUUUUUUGAGCGACAGCUUGGGUGUGGAGCCGCAGGAUGUUAACGUUCCUGUCAUUGGCGGUCAUGCGGGCACCACUAUAUUGCCCAUCAUAUCGCAGUGCAAUCCCAAGUUUGAGGGCAGUGACGAGGAGAGAGAGCAACUGGUGCAUCGUAUACAAGAAGCAGGCACAGAAGUAGUCAAAGCCAAGGCAGGUAAAGGUUCGGCCACGCUCUCCAUGGCUUUUGCUGGAGCACAUUUCGUCAACUCUCUUUUAAGAGGAAUUAAUGGUGAGGAACUUGUAAUUGAGUGCGCCUACGUGGAGUCCGAUGUUUCCGAGGCAGACUAUUUUUCCACGCCAUUGUUGCUGGGUCCAAAGGGUAUUGAAGAGAAUCUAGGACUACCAGAUUUGGAUGAAAUAGAGGAAGCAGCACUCGAGAAGCUAAUACCGGUGCUAAAAAAAAAUAUUCACACGGGUGUGGAAUAUGCACAGGCUAUAAUUGCUGACUCCUGAUUUUAUAAUGUUGUUUAAAUAAAUAUUUGUAUGUGUA